AUGGAUCACCUUCCGGUUGAAAUUCUACAGCAAAUAUGCCUCAAUCUCGAGGGUCCUGCAUACUGUCCACCCAAAGACCUGUCAUCUUUCAGUCAGAUCAACCAUCUCUGCAACCAGGCGGCAGUCCCUAUCCUUUACCGAAACAUUACUCUGAUAUUGGAUACAUUCCAAGACCUGGAGGCUGCAUUGUCGAAAGUGACAGAAGCUCCCCGGGCGAGUAAUUUCGCGAAAUUUGCUAGGAGGUUAUCCCUUGUCUGUAUUGAAUUGUCGGGGAAGUCUGAAUUCCUGGAACAAGCCCCGCCAUGGACGCUAGAGCCAUGGGCACUCAACAUGGCGACUGACCCAAAUCCGGCAACGAGAAAAGGCUUCUUGGAGCAUUAUAUGACCUCUUGCUACUCAACAACCGGCUUAGACUUACUUUCAAGUUCCCACAAAAGCAUUGGGAAAACUCCAAACUGGGCACCGAUCGUAUCGCUCAUUGCUAGCUUGAGCCAUCUUGAUCAAUUCGACUUUAUCACGGCCAACGACUUCACAGCCGACUUGACGGAAGCAUUUUGGCGCUACCAUCCCGAUUGCAGACUGAAUAUUCUCAGCGAACAGCAAGUGGGACCUAGUCCACUCUAUCCAGAUACUACAUCGGUGUCUAGAGAUCCUGUCGAAUUCAGAAUGGAUACUCUUCAGCUGCCGGGCCUUCACACCCUGACAACGGCCAUUUCCAAUGACUAUAAGCAGUCGGCUGAACACCAGCAGCUUUGGGAGAUGAUGCCUUUCUUAUUCACCAGCCCGGGGCUAAAGCACCUCUGUCUGAAGCCCGCUGAUGGUGUUCAUGAAGCCGGAGUGGCUCUGCUGAAAGCGACAUGGCAAAGCUUGAUCGAUAAAGCCAAGCCGAAGGUAAUAUCCCAGUUGGAAUCAGUCACAAUUCCCGGCAACCGGCCCGAAGGAAUCAUGCUUUCCAGAUUAGCUGCCGCCGGAGACCUUUCUCAACUCCGCUCACUCGACAUUAAUUGCGUUUGUGAACCGGGAAAACUUGUCAACGUUGCCGACUUGUUGCCAAAUCUAAAGAGGCUUUUCCUUGAUAUCGGCAGAAGAGGGCCGAGCCGUCCGGCCAGCGAGACUGACAUCGAAGAAUCAAUGGCUGGGAUACUUGCCUUUCGCCCCUUGGAAUAUCUUUAUGUCAGUGGCCUUCGCGAUGUUGAAACGUUGGACAGAAUCAUCCAGCAUCAUGGACCAUCAUUGAAGGGACUUGCUCUCGUGCCCAACAAGGUUUACCAGUAUCCCAGACUCAAUUCUUCCAAGCUCCUCGAAAUGAUGAAUCUUUGUCCGAACAUGGAAGAGUUACGCCUUCAAAUGAAGAGGUCAGCGGGCAACCAAGCAGAGUGUGAGAUGUACAAAGCGCUGGGUACCUUCCCCAAUCUCCAAAGACUAUUUCUAGAUUUGGAUUUCGAUGCUCGACCAAAGGUACCGAGAUUUGGCAGCGUUCCCGAAACACACGAUCUCGAUCUCCGACGAACUUUCAUAAAUGCAGCCAUGGACGAGAGCCUGGCUCUCCAGAUUUGGACCACGAUCAAAGAAAAGAGCCCCAGUUUGAAAGACCUACGAAUUUUCCCGUGCGGCAACGUGGACUUUCCCCAAGAGGAGCGUUACUUGCUCGAUUGCUUUGCGCGAUCAUAUCUGCUUACAGGUUAUAACCUUGAGAAUCCAGGGGUGCCUGUCAUGGAGCAGAUUGGGAAAAGGGAGUGGGAGAUAAUACGAGCCAGGCGAAACCAUUGGCAUGAGUCUCGUGAUGAAGAGGUCCGCCUCUCUAGUAGAGUUGUGUCCGUCCUUCGAAGUAUCUGGCCCCAGGUGCUCGAGCAGACUUUCAGAAGCGAGUGGUUAGAUUGUUGGACCAGCCUACCUUUACAACCGGACACCCAGUCUUGGUGA